AUGUUGACAUGUGAUUUUGAUACAAAAAUCACAUUUGUGUAUUCUGUUUGGGAAGCUAAUGCUAAUGAUUCACGAGUAUUCGUUGACGCAGUCACAAGAAGCUCAAACAACUUUCCAAUGCUACGAGGAAAUCAAUUUUACCUUGUUGAUUCUGAAUAUCCAAACAUGUUUGGAUUUGUUGCCCCUUAUCGAGGUCAAAGAUAUCAUUUGCACAACUAUGUUGGACGGGGAAGACUAUGUGGGAAGGAAGAAUUGUUCAACUAUAGACACUCCUCGCGCUGUAAUAUUAUUGAAUGUUGUAUUAGAGUUUUAAAGGCAAGAUUUCCUAUUUUGAAGUUGAUUACUAAUUAUUCACUUAGUAGGCAAAGGCAAAUCCCUACUUCAUGUUACUUAACAAACAACUUCAUUCAUCAGGAGCACGCUUUAGAUAAGUUGUUCGUAGAGUAUUCAGAGGAGAAUAUGGUGUUUUAA